CAUGUAUAAGGUAGUGCUAUCUCAGGACCACAGGGGGAAGUGCUUCUAGAUAUCAUGGCUGCUCGCCGUCUGUGCGAGGGACAUUCGGUUCCUGAGGGAGUACUCGAGGCGCGGCGUGGACGUGUGGGCCGUGUCGCUGCAGAACGAGCCCACGUCCGGCGCCGUCGUCACCAACGGCCUCAACAGCAUGGGCUGGAGUCCGCAGUGGCUGCGCCGCUUCCUCCAAGACUUCCUGGGCCCCACGCUGCAACGCUACUCCGAUCUGGCCGACAUAGACAUCAUCAUCGGGGAGGACAAUCGCGACUAUUUGCACUGGUCCGAAGAGAUCCUGGAGGGCGAGGCGGCGCCCCGGCUGACGAGCGGCGUGUCGCUGCACUGGUAUAGGAAUGACGUCACCGACCCCAGCAUGCUGGAUGAGCUACAUUGGAAGCACAGCGACCUCUUCAUCCUCUACACAGAGGCCUGCUACGGUCCCUUCUUGGGUACCGGGUACCCAGCAGUGAGACUGGGAUCGUGGGAACGAGCAGAGAACUACACCAGCGACAUCAUACAGGUGACGAACCACUGGACGUCCGGCUGGGAGGACUGGAACAUGGUGGUGAACACCGAGGGCGGCCCCACCUGGAUUGGAAACCACGCGGACGCGUCCAUCGUGGCUAACGCGACGGCGGACGAGUUCUACAAGCAGCCCAUGUACUACGCCAUCGCCCACUUCUCGCGCUUCGUGCCGCGCGGAUCACGGCGCGUCAGCCUCCAGAUGGACGUCUACUCCAGCGACGUCGAGAGCGUCGCCUUCCUCACACCUCAAGAUGACGUCGUCGUCGUCCUUCAGAACAAGCAGGGGACGCGGCGCUCCGUGGUGGUGUCGGACCCCCAGCUGGGAGAGGCGUCGCUGUCGCUGCCCGCACACUCCAUGCACACGCUCGUCUACCGGCGAUUCGGCAACACUGUCUGA